UCGGUACAGCAGAAGUGAUUUGCAGCUGGCAAACUUACUGUGGAAAAGACAGGAGGCGGUUCGUUGUACUGUGUGUGUCGUUUACUGGCGGCAUGUUUACUAUACGAAGUUCUCAUUUAUGUACACAGUUUUUUUAAUCGUGUGAUAGUUUUGACGUGUGAUUCAAGGAAAGAUGCGCGUGGUUUUCACUGUAUACCGUAUCGACUAUGCCCGCAGCACUGGGAAGGCGGGAGGGUGCAGAGAAAUCUGUAAGAUGGCGAGAAAAAGAUGCUGAAGAUGACAGAAUGUUUUGAGGUUAUGUUGAAGUUCCUUUACUGCAGUAUCCAUACCGUUCCCACAAUACAAUAAUAAUUUAAGCCAUGAGGUGAAUUGAGGUGAUAUAGUGCUGUAAGGUAAAUUUGGCGUUUCACUAUGCAGGCAAAGAAACGAUACCUCCUAGUAUUAUUGUCAUGUGCUUUUCUGGCGUACUGUUAUUUCGGAGGAUACAGAUUGAAAAGUGAAAGUGCGCGAUUACCGUAUGAAAAUCUUCCUUCCUAUGUGGAUAUAAAUGAACAGUUUUAUGACCGUGAUUUGGAAUCCUCACCACAUCUAAGACGGACCGGUGGCACACAGAAGUGGACGAGCAAUAAUAAUAAUAAAAAUAAAUACGUUAAUAGCAACCAGAGGUGUCGUAUGGAAACAUGUUUCGAUUUUAGUAAGUGUCGUGGUGAAUUUAAAGUGUAUAUUUAUCCCCUGUCUGAAGAAUCAGAAACUGCAACAAUUUUAACCCCAAGUCCAUCAUAUCAAAAAGUGUUGAAUGUUAUUCAAGAAUCGCGUUACUAUACAGCAGAUCCUAGUCAAGCCUGUCUAUUUGUUUUAGCUAUUGAUACAUUAGAUAGAGAUACCCUUUCAACUGACUAUGUUCGAAAUGUCCCCUCUCGUUUGCAGAAACUGAGGCUAUGGAAUGAAGGUAGGAAUCACGUUAUAUUUAAUCUGUACUCUGGCACAUGGCCUGAUUAUGCUGAAGACAACCUGGGUUUCGAUCCUGGAAUGGCCAUUUUAGCAAAAGCAAGCAUGUCAGUUACAAACUUUAGACCUGGUUUUGAUGUUUCAAUACCUCUCUUUCAUAAAAAUCACCCAGAGAAGGGAGGUGAACCUGGUUUUGUUACAACAAACAAUUUUCCAGUGUCAAAAAAGUACUUACUUGCAUUUAAGGGGAAACGCUAUGUGCAUGGUAUUGGUUCUGAGACGCGUAACUCGUUGUACCAUCUCCAUAACGAGAAGGAUAUUGUGUUGGUGACAACGUGUCGUCACGGGAAGAGCUGGAAGGACUUGAAGGACGAGCGGUGUGAUGAGGACAAUGCAGAAUAUGACAGAUACGACUAUGAGGUGCUUCUGCAGAAUUCGACGUUCUGUCUCGUCCCCCGAGGACGUCGUUUGGGCUCCUUCCGGUUCCUGGAGGCGCUACAUGCUGGCUGUAUCCCUGUGCUGCUAUCUAACGGCUGGGCUCUCCCGUUCGCACAAGUCAUCGACUGGAACAAGGCUGUCAUCUGGGCCGACGAGCGUCUGCUUCUGCAGGUGCCGGACGUGGUGCGCUCUGUGAACGCGACCAAGGUGUUGGCGUUACGUCAGCAGACGCAGAUCCUCUGGGAACGUUACUUUUCGUCCAUCGAGAAAAUUGUCUUCACCACGCUGGAGAUAAUCCGUGAGCGACUGCCUUCACAACCCUCCAGGGAUGGUCUCGUGUGGAAUUCAUCUCCGGGUGCUCUGCUAACACUUCCUCAGUUCUCCGAUACGCUCCGCCACUAUCCUUUCUAUUUAGACGUGCUUGGAGCAGAGCCUGGCAACAAAUUCACGGCUGUCAUAUAUUCUCAGCUAGGGGGACCUGCAGCGAGCACGUCACCUUUAUAUCGUCUAAUUAGGAAUGUUGCGCGCAGUGUGUAUGUAGCAAGGAUCGUGAUUCUGUGGUCAGGUGAGAAGCCCCCUCCGCCGAGGUCACGGUGGCCGUCGCUGUCGUCCUCAGUUCCAUUAAACAUUCUUCAGCAGCAACAAGUGCCAUAUGGAGCUGGGGGCAUAGCUGCAGAGCAGCAGUUGCCCCCUGCGGCGAACCAGCAGCAAGUAGGCCGUCCUGCCAGCAGUUCCUCUAUCUCACAACGCUUCUAUCCGCACCCGCUCAUUCAGACAGCUGCCGUUCUUUCCCUAGAUGAAGACUGCCUCCUUACGACAGAUGAGGUUGACUUUGCCUUUGCUGUCUGGAAAUCUUUUCCAGAUCGUAUUGUUGGAUAUCCUGCAAGGUCUCAUUAUUGGGAUGAUGCAAAGGGCUCUUGGGGCUAUACAUCAAAGUGGACCAACGACUAUUCGAUUGUGCUAACGGGUGCGGCCUUCUAUCACCGCUAUUACAAUUUCCUGUACACACAUUGGCUUAGCCCUCUUCUGCACAAGACUGUGGAGCAAUCACAGAACUGUGAGGAUAUCCUCAUGAACUUCCUGGUCUCGCAUGUCACCCAUCGACCACCUAUCAAAGUGACACAGCGAAAACAGUACAAGGAACAGCCUCCAGGGGGUGCUAGGUCACCGUGGAAUGACCCAGAUCACUUCAUCCAGCGCCAGACCUGUCUUAAUACAUUCGCUGCUGUGUUUGGUUACAUGCCACUCCUCCGCUCAAACAUGCGUUUGGACCCUGUGCUUUUCAAGGACCCUGUAUCGAACUUGAGGAAGAAAUACAGGCAGAUUGAACUUGUUGGCAGCUAGUACAGGGAGAGUGGUGUGUGACAUCCUGAGGCCACAUGAACCCUGUACAGAAUCACCAGGCUUCUAUUUUAUUGUGGAAAUUGUGAAACAUAAUGUAAAGUUUUGUCUCACCUUAUUACAAAUUUAGUAUGACAAUGAUUACUGCUUGUGUCAGGUUUAAUUUAUGUUUGACAUUUGAGGUUCUCACAGAAGUAAGUACUAAGAUUACAGUCUUCUGGGAUGCUUUCAGAAAAGCACAUUUUAUGCUGGGAUAAUCAAUAAUCUGCCAUCUGACCUCAAAGUCUUGUGAAUGAAUAAUCACAAUUUAAAAUAGCACUAAAACAAUACAUAAACACAUGCUCAUUCUUCUCUGUUGAUGAAUAAUUAUUGUCUGUAAAAAAAAUUACUCAUCCAUUUGGAUGUUGUUUGAAUAGCCUUGUGUGCAACCACUGUGUUUUGUUGGAUUUUCUUAUGUAAAAACUUCAGUUGUACAGUACGCAUGUUUUUAUAUUUAUAUGACAUAUUCCACAUCCUACAGUCAUUUUGACUAACUUUGGAUACAGGGAAUGCAAUGCAAUGCAAUGCAGGUGGCAAGUUGCUUCCAUGGUUCCCUGCUUGGUUUACUCUUCAACCCUGAAAAUGGAGGCAACAUUUUGCUCUGAAAUGUCAGGCUGCCUCCAAACUACACCCUGUUAUAACACAGAAGACAUACCAUUCAUACACACCACCAUGAGAACCUCAAAUUUGGCAGGAAACACACAUUUUCUGUUGCUGUCAUAGGAUCAUUUCUGUCCCGUCUGCUCUUACUCAUGACUUCAGAAUCAUUCAGAUAAUGUUUGCAGCCUCUCAGUUUAUGUAAUAUGAAAAAAUAUUGCAAAAGAAACUUACCAGUUCUAAAGGAGUCACAGUAACUCAGUAAAUAUAGCGAAGGUCUAUUAGCUUGACAGCCUGGGUUCGAUUCCAGGAAAGGUACGAUUUUUUUCUCUUCUUCACAGAGUCCAGACCGGCUCUGGGACCCACCCAGCCUCCUGUCCAGUGGAUACCGGAGGCUCUUUCCCCAGGGGCGAAGUUGACCACUUACUUCAAUCAAGUGUAAAGGUCAAGAACUGUGGAGUUAUGCGUUCCUCCAUUCCCACAUAUGUCUUCAUGGCAUAGUGCUUAAUUAAUUAAGCACAAGGACUGCUUUAACUUUUUACCAAUUCUAAAGGGUUCUGACAUUGGUAUAUUAUAAGAUCAGAGUGUUUCUUAAUUUUUUGCGCCAGUCUGUGCAUGCCUGUCAUUCAAAACAAAGACCCUGCUUCUGAAACAUUGAAGAAUCAUCAGCCAAUGAACGACAGAGAAUUGUUUGGAAUCUUCGUGGUGUGUAGCCACAUCAGAAAAAAGCAGCUGGAACAUUUCAAGGAAAGAGAGUCAAGUUGCGGCAGAUGUGCACAGCCAACGCAGAAAGAAACGGGCAGAAAUAGUGAUCGCUCUAAAUCGCAAAUUAGUCGAGUAUGGAAGAUGGCGGAAGAGAAGACUAAAUUGACUGAGCAGUGGCAUAAUUAGUGGACCAAGAACUGAUUUCGAGAUCAUAAAUGGCUACUGACAGUGAAACAGUAACUGCUCAGAAUAAUGAUGAAUAUUACAGUAUAAACCACUGUCAGAACCAUUGAAAUCUUUAUGGACCAAAUAGUACCACUCAUGUUUCAGAACAUUGAAUGAUUUAUUACACAUAUCACAAGAACACUCUUCUCCAAAUAUAAUUAGAAUGAUCAAGUCAAGGAGGAUGA